AUGGAGUUAGGCAUUUACUCUCCAAAUUCUUAAAAUAACACUAAUUAGAUUGUUGAAGUUCUCAGUUUAUUAUUAUUUGAUGUUAAUUUAUAUGAUAUAGAAUUUAAAGAUAUUAAAUUUAAAACUGUAUAAACAAAUAGAGAUAUAGCUUAACUUAAAUUAUUAUAAUAGGAAUGGUUACCUAUUAAUUAUACAGAAUAAUUAUAUACUUCUAUUUUAAAUAGUUAUACUUCAUCCCUUUUAGCAGAGAUUGAAAUUAAAUUUCCUACAGGAAGAAAAGAAAAAUAUUUAAUAGGAGCUUAGAUUUAUUAAACAAGAUUGAUGAAAACAAAAUAUAAAAAUAAAUUUAAGCUGUAAAUAAUUGUUCACUAAUUCUUUUAAACAUAAAUUGCUUUUUAUAUUAUGACUAUUGGGAGUGUUAAUGAAUUUGAAGGAUUGCAGAAUACAUUAUUGAAUAGUUAAAGAAGAGAGUUUUAGAAUCAAAUAAAACACUAGCUUACAUUUAUUUAGACAUGGCAGUUUAGAAUGAUGAAGCUGAUAGAUUUUAUUAAAAAAGUGGUUUCAAUAAAGUUAGAAUAAAGAAAAAUCACAAUCAUAUUGAAAAUAAAUAAUUUGAUGCAUAUUUAUAUAUCUGGUUACCUAAUUGAAUUGAUUUUUAAUUAUUUAUUAUUAAUAUAAUCGAAUAUUAAGAAAAUUAUUCAUCGAAAAAAUAUGGAUUUAGAAAUUGAUUUUAUUAGGAGAAAAUAUCAUUGGCAUUUAAUAUUGAUAAUUUUAACAUUUAGUUUUAUUGCUUUGAUUCUUGUGCUUGAUAUUAGAUGCGUUUUUAUAGAUAGUCAAUUAGAAUACCUUACCUACACAAUCCUAGAAAUUAUUUUUUGUCUCUUGAUAUUUCUAUUGGCAAUCUUAGAAUUGAGAUACUUUUAUUAAGUCAAAAUAAACAAUUUCAGUUUCACAUAUUCGUCUAUUAUAUCAUAAUAAUUCUUAAACAUAAUAAUUGUUUGCUUAAUCAUGAUUUACAUAACAAAUUUUGUAUUUAUGAUACUAUAUGCUAUUGAUGUAAUUUAUAAGUAAUCAACACACGAUUGUCAUUAUUUUGGUAUAACAGACGAAUAAAUAGAAAUUGUCAUUACAGUAAUCAUAAUUUUAGGAUAAAUGCUUAUGAUGCAUAUUCCAUUAAAAAUUAGAAAAACACUAUACUUAUUAUCGAAUCAACAAUAAAAUUUAUUGAAAAAUAUUAUUGUAGAAGGAGAUUUUGAGUAUAAUUUUCAAUAAAUAUCAAUAGCAUAGCUCCCGAGAAUGGAGAAUUUAGAAUUGUAAAAGUUGAGAAAUAAUAACAAGAAUUAUUAAUUCCUUCCUCUUAAAUUAAUAGGUUUUACUGUAAAAUAUGUAUUUCUCAAAUCAAAAAUAAAUAAAUUAUUGUAAAACUGUCAUGCUCACAUAUUUUUCAUUAAUAAUGUUUCAAUAAAUAUGCAUAGAGCAUGAUGAAAUAAUAAUCUUUUAUCCUAAAUUGCAAAAUAUGUUAAUAAGUUGUAGAUUUAGAUAAAUAAUAAAUAUUUGUAAUAAAGGAAAUUAAAAGUAGAGUUCUUUUUAAGGAAUGA